AUGUCCAACCAAAGACAGGCCUCCUCGGCCUCCCAAGUCCCCCACCUCUCCCCCGCCGAACUCUCCUACCUCUACACCUCUCUCUCCCUCCCCAAAACGCCCAUCCGCCCAGACGGCCGCUCACCAACGCAAUUCCGGCCCCUGACCGCUGAAACGAACAUUCUCCCCGGCACGAACGGCAGUGCGCGCAUUGGUUUCGCAGACGGAACUCAGGCUAUCGUCGGUGUCAAGGCCGAGGUCGAGAAGACGAUUCUAUCGAAUGAGACGCUUGCGCGGAAUGAUGGUGGUGUUGGUGGAGAACAGGAGGGAUCUGCUGCUGUCGGGGGUCAUGGAUCGUGGGUGCAGAUGUCUAUUGAGAUCCCCGGGUUCCGGGAUGACGAUGCGCUGCCGGUUUUCUUGUCUGAGAUGAUGCGCGAGAGUUUGGUUGGUGCCGUUGGGACGGAUGAGACGAGUGAUAUGACCGGUGGGCUUAAGGGGCGGCUGGUCAUUAAUAAACGGUGGCAUUGGAGGUUGUACAUUGAUGUCCUCCUUCUCUCGCAACCUCUCGCAUAUCCCCUCCCUCUUCUCUCGCUAACCACACAUCUCGCUCUUCUGUCUACGAAACUUCCCAAGCUUAAGUCUCAAGGCGAGGAGGAUCCCUUCUUCGACGAUGACUGGGCUGUUGCCGAGUACCUCUACCCACGACCUUCUCUUUCUUCCGGCGCAAAGAGCUCUGCCCGGUCAUCAUUCGUUCGCCCGCCUGUGACGCUGCUCGUUAUCUCCGUCGGCGAGAAUAUCAUUUUCGAUCCCAACCGGGAGGAAAUUGCAGUCGCGGACGCCGUAUUGGCUAUCUCUAUCACGCGCGAUAGCGAGGCGGGUAACUUGAAGCUACUUUCUAUUCGCACCGUCGAUCCUCCUUCCCGAUUGACCCAGCCGGGAGUACCUAACUCGGAGAACGUGAGCAUGCUGGGCGCUGUGGCGCCUACUGAAGAUGUGGCCGUUCUGAACCCAGCUACGGGCGAGGAGGAGGUGCCUGGUGUCUGGCGCCCUCGUCGGGGAGGUGUCAAGCGCAGUGUCAUUGCGGAGAUGGUCAAGACGGCGCUCAAGAAGGGCGGUGUUGGUGAAGAAGUGUUGGAAGGUUUGGAGGGUGUGGAGGUGUCAUGA